GGCAUUAAGGUGACAGCUGAUUUUCAUGUUUAAGAAGAUAAACCAUUUUUGCAUAUUUCUUUUAUUAAAAUGGAUUUGUAUGAGGCUGCACUCACAACAUGCACUUGUGUAUGAGUAAUUAAUUUGCUUUUAAAGCUUUUAAUUAUAUUAAUUUGCAGUUUGCAGAAUAUGACGUUAUGAAAACUAAAGCACUGCACAUCUUUGGAAAUGAAAGCUCUUAUAUUGUUGCUUCAAGUUGAGUGUAUCUGGUGUGUUAAACAAAACACAGCACUAUAGAUCUUUAAAACACAUUAAGUGGCUGUUAAUGAGCAAUGCUUUUCCAAGAGAUACAUCCAUCACUUUAAAUAGACACACUGCAUUCUGUCAUGUUUUGUUUCUUAAUCUAUACAAACGCUGACUAGUUCACAUCAGCAUGCAUAUGAAUUUGAAUUGCAUUUUACACAGCUGUUGUUUCAGUAAUUGGCUUUAUUUAAUGUUGAUCCAUCAGGAAACAUAAGAAGUUUAUUCUAAAUAAAAUGCAACAUACAGUUCUUAUUCUUCAUGUCUGCAUGAUCAUGUUCUUAGUUCUCUGUUUAGACCCAAAGCUAAAAAAGUGCAGUUUGGAGAUAAUUUUUCUUUUUCUGGUCAGUUUAUUUGAGAUUCAAUGAAGAGAUUACUUCCAUUGAAAUAAUAUUUAAACUGCUUAUUUCCCAGGUAUGAAUCAGUUUAAAACACUUUGAAUGUGAGAAUAAAACUGUCACGUGGAUUCCUGCUCAGAUUUCGAUCGCUCGGACAUGCAGCAGCUGCUAACUGAGGAAGGUGAAGUGGGUGUCACAUCCAUAAGCAGUCACUAAUUUAGACUGAGACACAGAAAGAGUAGGCAUGUACGCACAAAAGAAGGAAAAGCUGAAUCUGACUGCUGUCCAUAAUUUACCGUUUAGUUAUUCAGGGCUUACACCGACGAUGCUCAACAUUCUCACUUCAACAACAGUUACAGGGAAAGUGACAAGACUAAAUAGAUGGACUAAGAAAACAAAUUGUGCUGUAUUUUUUCAGCUAGUACUUUAGAAAUUACAGCGUAUAAAUGUAAAUUUAGUGGAAAUGAAGUGACAACAAUCUUUGCCAUUAUUAUGAUUAAUUUUCAAAAUGAUCUCAUUCAUUCAAUCAAUCAUUUAUUCAGUCAUUCCAUUACUGUUACAUUAGAACGAGACUGGGAAGGAAAAUGGUUUCGCAACUAUAAACUAUACGUUUUUUAAUUUUUAGUUGUUAUGUUUAUGUUUUUAAAAACUACACAAUUACGUUUCAUUGUUUUCUGUACUUCUUUGCUGAUACCUACAUGUACACCAGAUUUUUAUCCUUGGUAUCAAACAUCUAAACAAUAUUUUCACAGUAGCUUGAAGGCUUUACUAAAAAGUUUAAGUGUAACUAUUAAGGAAUCUUAAUAAUGCUAUGUGUCUCUGAUCAGUAGGCAAACUGCUGGUAGGCUGACGUACAGCAAGUACAAACGCAGUGAGAAAAAACAAAGAAUAAUCCCACAGAUGUAAUGAAGGCUCUAACACAAACAAAGAUGAAACAACAUGCCCCUGUUUGUGUGUGGAUGAAUGCGUUGGCUGUGCACUUCUCUGACAAACAUGAAACAAACACAGACAGGAUGACAGGCCCAGAUGUGAAGAGAAAGUCGUCUUUCGUCUCAUGUGCUGUGGCAUUUGGCCUCGGGUGGCUCUGUGUGUUUUUACUGCAGAUGACCCUUGUGUGCGUCGGCCGACCUGGCCUGAGAGCCCCGGCCAGGCCCCUACGGUCCCCCUUAAUCUGUCACUCAGGGACACAGCCCUGUCAAAGGAAAUUCACUGCAUACAUGAACCCCAAACUAAACAGAGCUGCUUCAGCACAACAUUCUCAGAGAGCAAGGAAGUUUAAGCAUCAUUAAAAGGGCCCCGUUUAGUAUGAAAGCUGAUGAACACUUGGUUCAGGAAGUCAGUGAGAAGUGACUUAUUAAAGGCCAAUUCACUGUUUCGCAUCCCUGUGCACAGACAUAAUCAUACUACAAUCAGUAUGAGUCGGUCUGUCGCUGACAGUUGUAUUGCCCCUCAUACUGAAUACAGAAAAACACACAGAACUUCCCUGGGUGUGUCUGAAAGGCUUCUUGCGGCUUUGACAUAUUUACAGGAUGCAGUAGCUGAGAACAGAUGUGGCUAUAACACCGUGUCAGCGUCUGAUUCUCAGUCUUUCAACUGAUGGUAAUCCUAAGAUCUCCAGUAGAAGACAACUGGAGUUUUCUUUUUGGUUUCUGAGGAUGCUCCAACUCUCAUCCAAGAAGCUUCUCCAGUUCUGAACUGAAGCCUGAACUGGAGAACAGACUGUCAGAGGCAUGCAAAGGACAGUUGGUGGACACAGCACAGGACUUGUGGAUAGUUUAGACAUUCUCAUUGUGUUUCGGCAUGAUGUCUGGCCUUUAAUCCACUCUUUAAAAGAUGAAUUUAAAAUGUGUAGCUGGUAGAGAGUCUCUUAGAAGACUUUCCUCUCAUAAUGAGCAUUUGCACUGUGUACACUCAAAACAGCCAUGAAUUCUGGACUGCAUCAGACAUCUGCAGAGAGGUUUGUACAGACCAUCACUGACUUGAGCAGAUGACAAAAUUUGUAUUAUGGGGACAGUUGUGGAAGGCAUAAUUUGGCCCUACAAUUUACUUUAUUGCUCUAGAAAUGUGUCUGUCUGGAUUGACCGGACUUUGUAAAAACACCUGUGGUUCCUAGAUGACAUAUUUAAGGGCUGUUCCUCAUGAGUCAGUUUGCCUUUUUGCCUAAUUCCAUGCACAUUUAUUAGUACAGCUGUAGACUCUUGUUAAAUUUAGUUUAAGGAAAUUUCAGACUCCCUCUCCUUAACAUAAAACAUCCUGACUGUUGUGUUUGCUUUUGUUCAGCUUUGAAUGAGAUACUAGUGCAGUGUUUUUCAAGAGGGAGAAGUUAAAAAUGAUAAACGGUAUUUGGUUUGGUGUCUUGCUCAGGGACACCUCGACAUGAGUUCUCCAGGCCAAGGAUCGAACUAGCAACCCUGUGGGCCCCCCCAUUAUUUGCACUAGAAACGUGACAUUACAUUCCUUUCUGGAGGGGGCAACAGAAAUUUUAGAGCAGAGACAUAUCACACUUUAAGACAGCUCUGCACUAUUUGACUAAACUUUCAGCUCUAACUCAAAAAAGGGUGUCACCAGCCAAUGAAUAUGACUUACACUUGCCAUGGAUAUUAUUACAUGUGAUGUCUAUUGUGAAUAAACAUUCAUAAACUCACUUAGCAAUUGUAACUUUGUUUUUAUGUUGUCUUCUAUAUCAUCACAUACUCCAGUUAGGACUGUGUGUACAUCUAUGGGUACAAUGCAGGAAACCAACUGGUCUACCUCUAGUUUAUAAUCUCAAGCUCAUCUCAACUGCUGAGACACUAAAAAGAGCCUUCUUGUUAUUUUGAGAGAGAAAUCAGAACACAGUGUAUAAAAGCCAACACCGUCUCAAAUGACAAACCGUCAUCAUCUUCUGUUAUCCAAGAAGUACCAGCAUAUAGACGUGGGAUGGUUGAAUGAGAAACACCCUGUAGAACCAGCUAAGGUUAAAAGGUUUCAUAUAAGAGUGGACUAUUUACAGCUUCAGAUAUUGUAGUGUGCAGUAUUUCAUUUUCCCCAUGCACAAAUCACAGGUAAAUCUCUCUGAUUCUGAAGUACAUUUGAAGAUGCUUGGAUUUCUCUAACAGUUGUGUGUUUGCGUGUGUGCGUUUGUGUUGUUUUUGCUGUCAGCUGCUUGCUUCACUACACCUGAGGUGUUGCCACAGGGAAGACUUCCGCCUGUCAUCUUCACUCAAGGAUAGUUUUCAAGUCCAGAACAUGGUUUCCUGAGCGGCCCUACCACCAACACGUCACAAGGGAUAAAACCAGUCCAGCCUGGGCCAUGACUGCUCUGCUUCCCAACAUCAGUGUUGCUGGAAGUACAGCAGCUCUGCCGCUGACCACCGACUGUCCGUUCAACCUGACUGCAGCUGCUCGGGCUGGACUCGGGUCGGACCAGUCACUGGCUCCUCUCUGUACUCUCUGCUGCUGUGGGUUUCUCAACCGCACCCUGGCCGUGGUGUUCAUGGUCAGCCUGGCGUUUGCCAUCGUGGUUGGAAAUGUGGUCACGCUUACGGUCUUUGUGCAAACGAGGCAGUCGAGAACACCACAGGGAUAUUUGAAAGUGUCUCUGGCCAUAGCAGACAUGAUGGUCGGUGUCCUCGUGGUUCCUUUCUCUGUCUACACUGAAAUCUCUCUGAUGGUGACCAGCGCUCCUCCCAUCUGGUACCAGGGAACCUCCUCGGCCACCUCCUCCUCCAUCAGUGGAAUAGUGAGCCCUUGGCAGCCCUGCAUGCUGAUUGGUCCCGUGUUUGCUGGAUGCACUUUUGUCUCCAUCAGCACCAUCUUCCUGAUGACCCUGGAGCGCAGCGUGGCCAUUCUGAGGCCUCUGCACAAAGACGCCUUGGUGACCCGAAGGCGAACUCUGCUCCUCAUCCUGCUCUCGUGGGCUGCCAGCUUCCUGCUGGCUCUUGCGCCGCUCAUCUUCAGCAGAAACUUCACUUUGGAGUACAAUGAGUGCAGCCGUAUGUGUAACUACACCCCCCUACUAUUUGGAAGCCAGCUGCCACCUGAUGCCAACAUUUUGCUCUUAUUCCCAGCGUUUGACUUCACCCUGCUCGGCGGCACAUUAGCAGUUAAUAUUGUGUCCUUCACUAGCAUCCGGCGGUACUCUCGAAAGCGUAAACUGCUCUCAGAGGGGAGUCUGAGUGAUGCAGGAGGAGCUGGAGGAGGAGGAGGCGGAGGAUGCCCUCACAGGCCCUCCUUCUCAGACAUCAAAGCUGCCAAGACAAUAGGCAUAUUAACAUUCGCUUUCACAGCAUCUUUCUCCCCCAUCGCAGUGUUUGUGCUCGGAAAUGUGGUGGGAUACACCUGGUGUAAUUUUUCCUUUUUUGCCUUCUGGAUUCUGACAGGGAACAGUUGCUGUAAUGUGAUUAUCUACAGUGUCAGGGACCACCGCUUCAGGAAGGGCGUGACCCUGCUCUUCCAGCGAGAUCAAUCCCCUCCACAUGGGGAGAAGACCUGAGGGGUGCAUCAUGAAGCCAGAUUAAUGAGUUAGCGAAGUAUGUUGAGCCUAAAGCCACUAAGGUGACUCUAUUGUAACCUGCUAGAUCACCAUGGCAACUGAUGCUGCACAACUAACUGCUCUGGAGUAGGUUCUGUUGAGAGAUUCAGACAUAAAUCAGCUACGAGAAGCGCCUCCCUUUCACCAGUUAGUUUCCUGACUGCUCAAUAUGAGCGAUACAGUUGCUCAGGUGAGAGAUUCUGUUAAAUCUGCAAACCUGUUGAGCAGUCUGUUCGUAAAGCCACUGAAUGAAGCCAAGCAGUUACAGCAGUGCAAACCGUAUGCGUUGCGUUGCCACAGAAAACUACAUGUAUUUAGUUUGUAAUGCAGAAAACACAUUAAAGUGUUUUAUACUCUCUUUUCCACUGCUGGUGCUGUUGCUGAUAGAACAUAGCUUAGAAAACUGUUUAGUCUAUUAGUUUUAUUCAAAAUUAAAGUGAUAUCCUCCAUUAUGAGACAGUGUCAGACUUAAAGGCACUUUUUGAAUAUUAUAUUUAAUUUAAAAUUUAAGAGCUUUAAUGUGCAGACGUUAUGUUAGAAAUAAGCAGCGGGGAUUGAGAGUGCACUAUGUGGUAAAAUAACAGUUCAUACCAACAUUCCUCUCUUGCAUCAUUUGCAGUAACGGCCCUUUUUGCCGUAACACAUUUUUAUAUACCUCAUAGCUUUUGAUUAUAACAAUGAGCUCCUCUUGAUUGAAGUAAGCAGCACGCCAUUGAACUCUUUGGUUCAGAAGAAGGGUCAAAUCUAAGCUACCACAAAGAAAGCCGAGCUACGUCAAACUUGCUUCAUGGUACACCCCUCUGAGGGAUAUAUUCAUUCAUUCAGCAUGAACACACAUAUGUCUUGUGGCUGUGGACCAAAGUUUGACUUGGAAUGAUUAGAAUUUUUGAGAAAUAUGCUGAAUCUCUUUCUGCCUGAGAAAAUAGAUGCUCCCCUCAUAUUCGUACUGUAAAUAUAAAGUUUAGCCUAGCUUAGCUUUGCUUUGUAUAAAGGCCAGAUUUAAGGAAACUGUUAAUCUGGUGUUGUCCAAGAAGACUAAAAUCUUUCCUCAAGCACCUCUGAAGUUCAAAAACUUUUUCGGGGAUUGGUGUUCCAAACUAUUUGCGGGUAUGGGACAGUUGCCAGGUAACCAUUCUGGGAGGACAUUAAUCUGACUCACUGGAUGUAGGUUAUAAGUCUGUCAUUGGCCGUACAUUUCACACAGAUUUCUUCCCUCCUUCCACUAUCUACAUGUUACAAUUUUCAGAAUUUCCUUCAAUAUGGAAAACAACAAAAACAACCUCAGAGCAGCUGCACACACACUGAAAAUUUAAAGUUUUUGCCGAUGAUGGUUUGGAUUAUGCAGCAGUGAAGUACUUUUUUGGGGGGGAACUCUCCAUUUCAUUUACAAUUCGGUGUAUGUAAAUGUCCCACCAAAACAAUUCCCCCAUCACUAUUUUAGUGAACAUCAUCAAAUACAAAUGAGGUGUGGUUAGACUAUUUUACAGAGUGUUGUUUUCACUACUAGAGCAUGGUCUUGCUAUAUGAGAUUAUAGCCAAGAAAUAGAAAAAGUCAACCAAGAAAUAAUCAUUUGGUGAAUGUAACAACCUAAUGAGGUUCAGAGGUGCUGGCAGGCAGACAGUGCUAUCCUAAAACAAAGUCAAGCUAGCAGUUUCCCCCUAUUUCCAGUAUUUAUGCUAAGCUAAACGUUUCCCGAGUCAAGCUUCAUAUGCACUGUACAUCUGUGAGAACGGUAAAAUAUUCCCUAUCUAACUUUCUGCAAAAAGCUGAUGACUGCAUGUCCCCUAACUAUUCAACAAUUUUAUCAAUUGUAAUGUAAUCUGAACUGUGAUUUGUUAGCAGAAGCCAAGUUUAGAAUCUCUGCAGUGUGUCUAUGGACAGACAAACCUACAGGACACCUAUGCAUUGCAUGAUAACAGCUUUCAGGUCUGGACCAAACACACAAACUGUAGAUCAAAAUGGAAAGGGCAAUUAUCUGAAAAACUGCAGGUCUGUGUAGCUAUAUUACUGCCUCAACAAACCUCAUCCUCUGCUCUGGUCUCCUUGUUUCCCCUUCCUCUAUCAUCAAACCUCUGUCUUGAAGCUUUACAUCAGAGGACUUUUAUGAGUCUUUCAACAGCUUCAGCUAAAAACCUACUGUAUCUGCAGUAGUUUUACUGACAACCACAACCGCACAGUUAAGAUAUAUAUUUUAAAUCAGUGUUGAUUAAUGUUUAGAGAUCAUGUACCUCCUUCUCUUUGGAAUAAUGUGGACUACACGUUUUGGUUAAGGGAACAGUUUGUGCCAUUGAUUUUAUUCUGUGGCAUUGCACAUAUGUAUUUUUAAACAUUUAAUUUCAGCCUGUUAAUAUGGAAAUCUGCCUCAACAAUUAGAAAUGCACCUCAUUAGUUAAGCCAUUUAAAUUGUGCUAUAUGUCAGAUAUUAUUGUUUUGUACAGCAUUUCUUUUUAACGUUUGGUUAUUUUUGUUGGCAAAUGGAAGAAUAAUGUGUAUUGCAGUACUGACUAAACGAAUGGGACACCAACCGCUAAGAUGUAGUCUAAAAAGCGUAAUGAUUACAGCAGACCCUCAUACUGUGCCUAUCUUUUCAGGGUGAAAUGUACUUGUAACAUAAGAUGAUCUGUCACUUAUGAGUCGUGUGUAUUGUACAGUUUGACAGUAUAAUUAUAUAUAGCUACAUGAAGUUGAAGAGCAGUUUGAUGCAUGAAAUGGCUAUAUUAUCAUUCAUGAUAAAAUAGUCACAAUUCAUGUAAUUCUGUCUUAACUGGGCCUUUGAUAGCAAGAAAACUGAUAAACAGGUCAGAACAACCAGUGGAAGAAGAUGCUAUUCUUGCCAUUAGUGUCUCUAAAUUGAUUUAUUUUAUGAAUCUAUUAACAGCGAUUGCAUUGGAUAAUAGCAAAAACAAAAAUACGUUGUCCUAUUAACCAUAAAGUGCCCAACAAAGAAAUAGUUGUAUAAUUAUUUGCGCUCUUGCUGAUUGCUUGCUGGAAAGAUUAAUUGGACAGUUGUAUCUACUUAAUAAAUAUGAAGCUAUCUGAGCUUACCAUAAAGCCUGGAAACAAGAGGAAAACAGCUACCCUGGCUCUGUCCAAAUGUUAAAGAAAAAAUCUGAUUACCAUUAAUUCUUAAGCUCACUAAUUAAUGCAUUACACACUGCCAGUCAAAUGAAUGAGAGUGUGUGUCCAAACUUUUGAUGGGUAGUGUAUACCCCCAUACAUAAUAAAACAAGUCUGGCCCUUCCCAAUUUGUAUAUGACACCAGUAUUAUCAUAAAUGUUCAUUUUUAUAUGUAAUUUUCUGUCUUACAAGCCAGAUGUAAUGUGCUAAAUAAUCAGCUUUAAACGGCAGAACCCAGCUAAGUGUUUCCCUCUUUACAGGCUUUGUGCUAAUGUUUCCUGACUAUAGCUGCAUGAACCAGAGCACAUCCCAAGAUGCUGAACUAUUUCUUUAAAGCUAACUGAUUGACAAUCCGGUGCAUAUUCGUGGGCGCAUUUUUAAUAAUAAUGGGUGUUGGUAAUGUUGUUGGAGUAGAAAACAAAGAUGCUAACAUGUUUGAACCUCAUAGAGUGAAUGAAUGAAUGAAUACAUUAGAUGUACAAACUUACAGCCAUUUUGGACUUUUCAGCAAAAAAACUGUCAUUAUUUUUCUACUGCAGAGCCUGAAAUCAACAGCAUCCUGGUUAUUGUUGAUUAUGUGUAAGAAAAGAAGUGAUAAUUAUCGUGCUGACGUUGAAUCACUGUACAGAGUUGUAUCAGUAGUGCAUACUUCAUCAGUGGUGAUUGCUUCAGAUUUGGCAAUAAUAAAUGUGUUUGGGAACA